AUGACCGGACGCCAACCGCCGGAUUCAGUGGCGCGUUCCCUGAGCGCUUGUGCGCUGCGCAGCCGCGAUGCAAGAUCCAGCCCCAAGAUGAGGCUGAAGGAUCUGCCCUUGACUCUCAGCUCUACGCUGAUGGAGCACAAGGGCUUUAGCUUUCAAGGAGCCAGCAGCUCUUCACCACUUCUCGGCAGGCGAAGGCCAUCAGCUCCAGCUAUUCGCCCACGGACUGGGCCAGGUGUUCAAGAGCGGCGUCCCAUGACCUCUUCAGCACCUUUGGCCUUGAAGGAGGGCGGGCUCCGUUUUCCGACUUUGUCUGCAAGCUUCUCUGCAACAUGGCCAUCGAAGGCGCAGCUAAAGCAGAGGAAGAAGGCCAAGCAGGAGGUCAACGAAGUCAUGAAGUUUGAUGAGGCAUUUGACAUGGCUUACCGACGCGCGGUGCAGCGCACGGCAGCGGAGAGGAAGAUGCUGGGCCAGCUGCCGAUACAGGUCGUGAACAGUGGAUCUCCCAUGUGCGUGCGAGAGCUGCUUGGACUGAAGAAGGUCUCUGGUGCCAGCCUUUUCAUGCGCCGGCGGUCGAAGGAGGAUUCCUUGUGGGGCACCCAGGUUCUGGCCAGGAUCCCAGGCAGCAAGGAGGAGGAGGAGGAUAGCGAAAAGACCUUGGAGGGCCGGCGAAAAAGCUCCAUCAAGCAGAGCUUCAACUCUUUCGGCGAUGUGGUUGUUGCCGCCCAACAAGCGGCUCGCAAAGAGCUCCUGGACGGCUCACCACGGUCAGCCAAAGGAGGCGAGUCGCGGAGGAACUCCGUGAGGAGAGCCUCCCUUGCGGAAGAGACAGUUGCCAGACUUCUGCGGCGCACCGCGUUCAACGAGGCCGAUUUGGGGAACGAGUUCGAGCUGAAGGAGAUCCUCGAUCCGCCGGCUCCUGCGCAGAUGUAUACCCGCUUCAAGGUGGAAGACAUCUCCAGCUUUCCAGCAUCAGAGCAGGACAGCGUGUCUGCACAGCCCGCUUACAGUGAUAGAUUUUGCAUCGCGAGCGACAUGGGCACAAGGAGAGAAUCAGGGAAGCUUUCUAUCGCUUCAAGAGCAUUGGAAGCGCCUGGGAUGCCGCAAGCUAGGGGCGAUGCGCCCCGAAAGCAAGCCCCAAAGAAUGCUGGCAGUGUGAGCUGA